UCGCCGGACGGUCGGUCGCCCGCCUCGCUGUCGUCGUUAUCGCUGGCUGCCUUCUUCGCGCGACUCGGCUUCUUGUCCACCUCCUCCUUCUUCUUCCUCUCCGCCGUGACAGGCUGACAUUUACCUAGCUAGCUACGCGGCGCGGCGGCAUGGCGGCGGAGAGGGAGCACCAGCUGCUGUCGACGGCCGUGCACGAGACGAUGCCGGGGAAGUACGUCCGCCCGGAGUCGCAGCGCCCGCGCCUCGACCUGGUCGUCUCCGGCGCCCGCAUCCCCGUCGUCGACCUCGCCUCCCCCGACCGCGCCGCCGUCGUCUCCGCAAUCGGCGACGCCUGCCACACCCACGGCUUCUUCCAGGUGGUGAACCACGGCAUAGACCCGGCCCUGAUCCUGUCGGUGAUGGAGGUGGCGCGCGAGUUCUUCCGGCUGCCGGCGGAGGAGAAGGCCAAGCUCUACUCCGACGACCCGGCCAAGAAGAUCAGGCUGUCCACGAGCUUCAACGUGCGCAAGGAGACGGUGCACAACUGGCGAGACUACCUCCGCCUGCACUGCUAUCCCCUCGAGCACUUCGUCCCCGACUGGCCCUCCAAUCCGCCAUCCUUCAAGGAGAUCAUUAGCACGUACUGCACAGAGGUGAGGGAGCUGGGGUUCAGGCUGUACGAGGCGAUCUCGGAGAGCCUUGGGCUGGAGGGGAGCUACAUCAAGAAGACGAUGGGCGAGCAGGAGCAGCACAUGGCGGUGAACUACUACCCGCAGUGCCCCGAGCCGGAGCUCACCUACGGCCUCCCCGCCCACACCGACCCCAACGCCCUCACCAUCCUCCUCAUGGACGACCAGGUCGCCGGCCUGCAGGUGCUCAACGACGGCAAGUGGAUCGCCGUCAACCCGCAGCCCGGCGCCCUCGUCAUCAACAUCGGCGACCAGCUCCAGGCGCUGAGCAACGGGAGGUACAGAAGCGUGUGGCACCGGGCGGUGGUGAACUCGGACAGGGAGAGGAUGUCGGUGGCGUCGUUCCUGUGCCCGUGCAACAGCGUGGAGCUCGGCCCGGCCAAGAAGCUCGUCACCGACGACUCGCCGGCGGUGUACCGGAGCUACACCUACGACGAGUACUACAAGAAGUUCUGGAGCAGGAACCUUGACCAAGAGCACUGCCUCGAGCUGUUCAGGACUUAGCACGCAGCUCAGUAUUAGGGCAUCCGCAAUCCUGAAUUAAGUUCUGAGACCUCUUUUUAGCAAAUCAAUUUGGAUGUUAUCUGUUAAUUGGCAAAGUGAAACAAAGAGGUUCCGUUAUAAUUCUUUCGACAGUACUUCUGAAUCAGAGAUUUUGACAAAGUUCUUUAGCUCGUGUUCUCUAGAUUAGCUUCUUCUUUCCUCUUUUUUUUUUUGGUCUCUGAAUUUGGAUGUCAGGAGUAUCUGUUUUUCUUUUGUGUGUGUGUAUUUGCAAAGGAGAUGUACGCGGUUUUUUUUUUGGAACUUUUUCAGUACCAGUCUUUAUCAUACACAGUACUCUGUCAUCUCAUUAUUCUUCUUGGAAAUGGAAAUGGAGAAAAGCA